AUGAGAAUAACUUUGAUAGACAACUUAACAAUAAUUGCCCAUUCUUAGCAUUAGAAUUCAUCUGGAAAUACAUUGAUAAGUGUUAUUCUCAUCAUUCCUUAUAUAUAAUAUUUAUCCCUUCUACUUCCAUCUCAUGGGUGGUCUUAUUGGAAUUAUAAAGAUGGCUAUUUAUCAUUCAUUUAAAAAGCAUGCUCAUAUUUUACAAUAACUCCUUUUUUUGAAUUCUAAAACAACUUCAUUUAUUAUCCAUUUACAAUAUUUAGUUUAAUAAUUAUGGUAGGACUUAUAUUAUAUUUGAGUAUUUUUACCUUAGAAAUGAAAUCUGAUGACAAGAAAGUAAAAUAUUAAGAAGGUAGAACAAGUACUUUAUGCACAGUUAUCUUAUUUACAAUUCAAACUCUUCAAAUCCCAUGUUAUAAAUUCUAUAUUUAAUAAAUUAUAGAGGCACAACAAAAAAACCUUGAGAAUUAAUUAAUAAUAAAUAUAAUUUCGAUAAUAUUGUACUGCUUGUACAUCUUUUUAAGUGAAUACUUUUUAAGGUAAUAUUCAUUUACACCUUAUCAUCCAAUGCAAUAAAAAUUUACACGUUUAAGAGUUAUUUAAAUUCUUCUAAAUUUGACAGCUAUAGUAUUAACUUUAGAUUAGGAAUCUAGAUUAUACAAUUUGAUUGGUUUAUUAAUGCUUCAUUUAAUAUUUAUUUUGAAAAUGCUUAAUCAUUUAUAUUAUAAACCAGAGGCACCUAAUAAAAAUAUGAUUCAUUUUGAAGUUUCAUUUACUUUAGAAUCAAUUGCUAUAUUAAUAACAGUCAAUGUAUUUUCAGAAAAUUAAAUCUUUCCAGAAUAAUAAAUUGGAAUUUAUAUUAUGUUUAUUUUUAGUUUAGGUAUGAUUCUAGGAAAUCUAAUGUUUACUUUUUUACUUUAAUUAAAUUUAGAUUCUUAAACAAGAUAACUUUAUUAAAUUUAUUAAUUGUAUUCAUACAUUGGAAAUAUAACUUCAAACUCAAUUACAACUUAUAAUCUCAUCAUUUAUUAGUUAAUAAACGAUAAGAACUUUUCACAAUUUCAAAGAAAAGUUAUUUUAAAUUAAAAGAGCACUAAAAUGCAUGAUUAUUUUAAAUUAGGAUUGUAUAUAAUAACUGAAAUAUUUAUAAAUUUGAAAGAUUCAUAGAAAAGUGAAUUGGAAGAACUUUAAUUACUUUUUGUUUCCUUUUUAGCUUUAAUAAGAAAUAAACCAUUAAUAGGUUAUGUAGAAUUUAAGAAAUUUGAAUAAAAUGCCAAUAUAUAGAAGUCUUAAUACUUUUAAUUAAUGAAAGGUAGAAUAGAUAGACAUUUGUAAAAGAAGAUUUAAGCAAUAUAAUUAAUAUAUGAGAAAGAGUAAUCAUUUUUAAAAAAUGCAGCACUAAUUAAAAGUAUAAGUCCUACAGAAUUAUAUGAAUAUUCUUUAAUAGAGGAGAAGUUUCAAGAAAAAGUUUCUAAUUUAAUUUAACUUAAAAUCUCAAUAUGGGAAUCUCAAAUAUCUGGUUGCAAAUCAAUAUAUCAAUUUGAAAAUUUAGCUACUUAAUUAAGUAAAUAAAUAAUAGAAUGUAUUUUUUAUUUAAGAAGUUAAAGUAUAAAUGUAAUAUAGGAAGAUUAUAUAAAAAAUUGCGAUAAUAUAUUGAGAUUAAAAAUAUGCUCAAUGUUUCACAGUUUUGUUUUGAAUGAUUAUUAUAGUGCUUAUUUAUGUGAAGAGAAAAUACAAGAUAUUAUGAAAAUUGAAACUACUUAUGACUAAAAUGUGAUAACACGUUCAAAUAUUUUAAAAGAUGAAACAAUAUUAAUAAUUAUUAGUAUAGUUAAAUAAUUGGGAUAAAUUUUAAAUUAGAACAAAAAUUAAUUAGCAAAUUAUUUUGGAUAUUCGAAUUCAGAAUUUCAACAGAUAGUAAGUGUUAAACAAUUAAUGCCUAAUUAUUUUGGAAGUAAACAUGACUAAUUUUUACAAGUCUAUAUCAAAGAAGCAAGAACAGAUUUGGCAUCAAGAGAGACAUUAACUUUUGCUUAAGGAAAAAAUGGAUUUUUAAUACCAUAGUAUUUAAAUAUUUAUAAUAAUUUUGAAAUCAAUGAUGACUUCACUUUAAUAGGCAGUAUAACUAAAGAAAAGGAAAUUCAUAAUUAUUUGAUUUUUGAUGAGUAUGGUAGGUGUAUAGGAAUCACCUAAUAAUUAAGUAAAUUACUUGUACCAUAGGAUCAUAUAGAAUAUUUUUUGGCAAAUAUUGAUUCUUUUUUUGUUUACAUGUUUUUGCCUCAUAUUCAUAUUUAUAUGAAUGACAUUUAAAAUAAUUCUGCAAAUAAUAAUGAAGGAGCUGUUUAAUAAAAAUCUGUAUUACUCUAUGUAUUUUAAGAUUUCGUUGAUCUAUAAAAAAUGCAUCAAACAAUAUUAAGUUCAUAUCAAUAGCCCUCCCAGAAAUUUGUAGAAUAACCAGGAAUUGCUUAAUAAUAUGAAUAGAUGAUUUCUAUAGUUACUAGUCCAAAAAAUAAUAAUAUGAAGAGACUUAUUUCAGAAACUAAACCAUUCAAUCCAACGGAAGAUGUAAAGAAUCUAGAAUAAAGUAGUUUAGAUUUCUUUAAAAUUGGUUAGAAAUAAUAGAAACAAAAUAUCGCGACAACCUAAUAGAAUGUGACUUCAAUAAAAGAAAAUGAAAUAAUAGAUUUCUUAAAUGCGAUUGAAGUAAUUAUAAAUAAUAAAUCCAUAGGUUUUGAAAAAAACAAUUUAUUUUUGUACAGUUAAAAUACAAUUAACUGCUUUGGGAAAAAAAGAAAAUAAAUAAAAUUAUUUUAUUUUAGAGUUAUCAGAAUUUGUAGAUAAAUCUAAUUAAUAAGAUGAUGAAAAAAAACAAAUCAGAAGAUAAAAUUUACCUAUUCGUAGAUUAGCUAAAAGAUAAUCAAGUCAUAGACAAAGUUUUGUUUAAUAAUUUUAGACAAUACCAAAAAGUCCAGAUUAUUAAAUGGAUUCUUCUUUAAUGAGUCCUAAUGGUUCAGUUUUAUAAAAGAAAAGCUUUCUUGAAAAAUCUCCUGUUAAUAGUUAAAUUUUACAUUAUGUAAGUGAAAGAAGAUUAAAUCUAAUGGGUUCAUUAGAAUAAGCUAAUUCUGAAAAUUUUAGUGAAGAAUUAUUUAGUAAUGAAAUACAAUAAGUUUUGUAACAUUAAAAUGAAUACAAAUCAAAUCAUGGGGUAGGAAUACUUAAAUCUUAAUCUACUACUAAAUCUGGUAAUUCUGGAUAAACUGCUAUAGAAAUAGUAAAUAAAUUUAAAACCAAAACUUCAUUAAUAUCUAGUCUAGCAAUUAUAUCAUUAAUCAAAUUUAUCAUUCUUAUUUUAUUUCUUAUUUUUAUGAUUAUAAAUUGGUCAUAAAUUAGCAUCUUUAAUAAUUAAGUAACAAAAUUUAUAUCAGAUAUUAAUUUACCUAUAAAUCUAAAUAAGUAUUUUUUAAACCUGUUUACUUAUUCAUGGAUCACUUCAUUAUCAAUUAAUAAUAUUUUAACAACAAGUCAAUUUAUUAAUAAUUAGAUGAACUUAUAAAAUAAAAGAAUGGAAACCACUUUCAUCAAUUUGACUGUAAUGUAUUCUAACUUUAUUUCAUUAGAAGAAGAUGGAUAUCUAGAAAAUUUAAAUAUUACUCAUUUAGACAAUUCAAUGUAUGUAGAGAAUGUUGAUUUUACUGAUUAUAUAUAUUAUCUUGAAUAAAUUGGAUACAGGCUUAUGCAUUUUGAAUCAAACUCAAUUUAUUUGUCAAACCUAUUAAAAUAUAGAAUUAAUUUUGCUAAUAUUAUUAAAAAUAAUUUUUAAAUAAUCCAAUCUUUAGGAUAAUAUUACCGUGAUUAAUAAGAAGGAAAAAUAACAGUGUUAUUUAAUUAGAUUUUGACAGAAAUAAUAAUAAUAGGCAUAUUUAUAUUAAGUUAGUUAUUCUACUGGAGAAAGAUUGAACUAUAUUGUUAAAAGAUUCUUUUAUUAUCCAACAGAUUGACUGAAAGAGGAGCAGAAAAUUAAAUAAUUAAAUUCAGAUUAGUUGGUUAAAUAAUUAAGCAAACAUUUGGAGAAUUAGGAUUUAAGUAGUAAAAUUGUUAUAAAUUAUGUUAUACAGAUAUGUUGUAGAGCAAAAAAGAGUUUAAGUAAUAUAGAUCAAAGUUUUAAUCAAUUUUAAUGAAUUCAAAAGCAGCUAAAUAAUAAUAGGAAAAUUUGACAAAAAAAUCUGGUUUAUCGACUAUCCCUUUAAAUUCUAGAAUCUAGAAUGUAUAGGUUAAUAUAAUGAUGAAAUUAGUUUAUGUAGUGAUUUAUUUAUCGUUUUUAUGCUUCUUUUUAUUGGGCAAUUUCUUAUUGUAUAAAAAACAUUAAUUAGAAUUGGAUCCUGCAUAUGAAUUGGCUAUGGAUUAUAUUUAAUUUUACAUAAAAUUUGAGAAUGCAAUAUCUGUCGCUCUUCUUAUAAAAUCUCAAUAAUAAAUUUAUAAUGUAAUGGAAAAUGUAAUAAAUGAGGAGAAGCUUAUCCUUGAUAAAUAUGAUAUAGAAGUAAAUGCUGCUAAUGUUUUAAUAGAAGCAUAUAGUUUUAAUCAUAGCGAUUUAAAUUAAAUUUAUUAAAAAAUAAUAGAUUAUGAUAUAAUAAAUGGUGAAGAUGAAACAUAUAUUUUAACUUUAUACAACAAUGAUUUUUGUUUAAUCUUUGAUAAUAAUUAAAUUCCAUUUUGUAAUAAAAGUUUAACAUCGUAACAAUUUACAACGGAAUUUGGUUUAUAUGAAAGUAAGGAUAAUAAUUCAUAAUAUUUAAAAUCUGGGAUUGUUGGAAUAGUUAGUAAGGUGGAUGCAUUUUUAUUAUAAUAUUUUGAGUAUGAAUAUCAAUCUGGGGAACUAGAUAGCGACUUAAUUAAAUUAAAUUAAUAAUUAAAUAGUUAGGACUUUAAUAAUAUUGUAAUAUAACAUUAUUUAGAUACAUACCGAGGUUUCGAGUAUUUUUUUAAUUUGAUUCAAGAAUCUAUAAUAAAUUUAAUAACAGAAUAAUAAAAUACAUAGGAUUUGUAUUAGUAUUUGAUAGGGAUAUUUUUGGUAGUUUUUUUAAUAGUAUCUUCUGUUUUUAUGAUAAUAAGGGUGAAUUUAAGAUUGAUACAUUUAAGGUUAUUGAUAACUUUGUUGCCUGUUGAAGUAAUGUUAGAUAUAUAUACAAUAUCCUUGCUUAAGAUCUUAUAAUGA